CCGGCUUAUUCGCCGUCGCAGUCGAAGUCGACACUCCCCACACCCACCGCCGCCACCAUGUCCUCGCAGGUCGUGACGGGCCAGACGCCCUCGAAGCCCCUCGAUGACCCGACGCCGAUGCCCGCGCACGUCCCGAAGGUGAAGGAGCUCGGCGUGACGAGCGGCCCGCUGAAGAGCGCGGCGUUCUUCAUCGGCGCGUACUGCAAGGAGUACAACGAGGACUUUAUGCUCUGCAAGGCGGAGAACCGCGCGCCGGAGCACUGCCUGGCGGAGGGCCGCAAGGUGACGCGGUGCGCGCAGGACUUGAUCACGAAAAUGCGCGAGAACUGCUUGUCGGAGUGGAACAAGCACUGGGAUUGCUUGGAGAACCACAAUCAGGAAUACUACCGCUGCCGGGAGGUCGAGCGUCCAUUGAACAAGUGCAUGUUCGAGAAGCUGGGUCUGCUCAAGACCAUUCCCGGUACACCCGAGGGCGAGGUGCCGAUACACGAGAAGCUGAACCCCAUACACAAGCGGCAGCAGAAGUAACUACUUUUGCCCUCGCUAGUACAGCAGCGUCGCCCGCAGGGCGCGGGAGACUCUACACGUUGUAUAGAAGUUCAUUGCAUCUACAUAUCCCCCUCAUACUUCCUCGAUCGCAUAUGGACAGUUCGCAAGUCACCGGGUGCAACCGUAGAUGCUGUCCAGAAAUGUCUUGCGGGCUGCCCACGCUAUAUGCUGUAUGGGCAAGAAAGACCACUAUCAACAGGCC